AUGUUCCUCGAGGCUGAGGUGAACCAGAACACCAUCUCCAGGACUGUAUUGCACCACCCAGGAAUUGCAUCAUGCACGCCUCCACUGACUCCUCUCUUUCCACCUGAAAUUGGGAGAUGGCAAAGCACUUACUCGGAAUACGCAAGUAUCUUUGAAACACUGGUAGUUCUUACCCCGGCCAUGACAAGCUCAUUCCUUCGUGGGGAGCUUCGUGUAUAUUCGAAGGACGACAUGUUCCUCUACAUUGUCUACUUUCUCUUUACCCCAACUUUUGACUCCCGUCGACGACGCCACAUGCUUUCUCUUGCGCCCGCACUGCUACCAAAGCCGGCGCCGUUUCGGGUUGGGGUAGGUCAUCACUCCUUUCGUCCAGCUUACUCUCUACCUCACAUCCGUAUUGCAGGUUGCAUUGUAUCCAGAGGUCAGCGUAACCAGAUUAUGGUGACGGGUGGUUUCACAUCACUUUUGGCUGGGGAAAUCCUCCUCAUCUGGUAG